CAAUUUCCCCUCCAUCCGAUCCCCUCCUCCCAACGACUGACGCAGCUCCCACGGGUCUGUUCACGAGGCAGACCCCAUUGCUGUCCCACAGCAACCUUGGCGCCGAGUCGGAUGUCUGCUGAAGAAGAAAGGCCCGCCUAGCCGACCAUGGGUCAAGGUGGUAAGGAAGCAGAGUGGGAGGAGGAGAGACGCCACAUCUGAAAGUCAUACCAUUGACUGACUUUGUCUGUGUGUUUGCAGUGCCGAGCUGCAUAUUGCCCGACUGGGCGGACCAGCCGUGGAAUGACUGCAACGUCACGUGUGGUGGGGGCGUCCAGAACCGCACCAGGCAGACGCCAGAGGACAGCAAGAGGCCCCAACAUGACCAAAAGGACUGCGGUCGACACACAAUGAUGUAUGCCCGGCAGGCACUGCUCUGCACUGUUCUCCUGUCCUUCUAUGUGUGUGGCCACCGCAGGUUUCUGCCAUGGGGACCAUCCCCAUGCGUACAACCGAGGUCUAGACUGCUGCAGUCUUGACCAAGACAAAGACAAGGACCCGCUGGUCAGGCCGAGAGGGCGGAUGGCGGGAAGGGGUGGGGAGGGCAGAGCAAUAUCUGUGGCUGUGGGUAUGUGUGCGGUGCAGUCGCUUGAUUCCACGACUUGUGGGGGCGACAUCAAGCCAUGUUCGGAGGUGGCACACGCAAUCAGCUGCGCAAGGAGCAUGGAGGGUGCGCAGGCCUCAACAGAGGCGCAUCUAUUGUUCGUCCAUCUUGAUGUCUGUCCAUCAGAAAUGCUCCAGGAGAGACCCUGCAACACACAGGACUGCGGUGAGACAACCAAACCAGGCAGUUCCCUGCCUCUUUCACACGACAGCGCUCCCCCUUGUGUGCUGUGCUGAUGUAGGCGUGGAUUGUACAAUGGGCGAUUGGUCAGAGUGGAGCUGCGAACUCACUACGCCGGGAAAGUAAGACAUUCAGACGCAGAGACACAUACAAGCCCACCCCUAACGCCCUCUCACUCUCUCUCUCUCUCUCCGGUGGCUGCAGCUGUUCGACGGCCAUCUUGACUCAUCGCCGGUCGCGCACGACUGAGGGCCGGUCGCCCGGCAGCACGGACUGCCCCGAGGAGGAGGUGACCUCCGGUGGGCCCUGCACCGCCCUCCCUCCUGAGUGCAUGACCACCGAAGCGCCACGGGACCUAUCCGCCGUGGGCGAGGAGGCCGGACACGAUGGGGGGCCCCAACAGCAGCCAUUUUGUAAGGCCCCCUUGGCUUGGCUUGCUGGCUGACGAAAUGACUCGAUCGACGCAUCCGUGUCUCUGUCUGCCCUCUCUCUAUGUGCGUGUGUGUCCAGUUGCUGGGUCGCCAUCGAUGCGUCACGGCAGCCCGUCUGUGUUUCUGCUUGUGCUGGUCAUGCUGCUGGCAUUGGUGUCUCACCACAUUGGUGGGCGCAGGCGAAGAGAGACACACAUGAUUCGAACAGCGGAGGGAGGGAGGGAGGGGCCAAAGAGCUCUACUGUUGAUCAACAAGUGGCUAUCGCAUCGCAGGGGGGCAGUAGGUGGGUGCUUUGUCGGUCGAUAAGCUGGCGUGUGACUGACUGAGAGGGCAUGGGGCGUAGCGCA